AUGUCGACACCGCAGAGCAACGGCAUUGCCCAUGCGCCUGCUGCUGCCACCGCCCGCAAACAGGACUUGCCAGACUCGCAGGAAUCAGCUAUUUCUACCGUGUCGAGCACCUUCUCGGCGCCAAAACUGCCUUCGUCGUCUAGCAAUCUGUCGACGUCAACAACAACAGACACCGAUCUGACUACCCCGACUUCUGCCAAUGUAGCGGCGACUCCAAGUAAGCCUGCUGAGGCACCAAUGCCGAAUUCGCCGGGUCAAGCUCGUGGUCCCGACGCGCCAGCAAUUGCACCUCGGAUCGAUACAGCUGCCGCGAACGCGCCGCAAACCGGUGACACAGCAGCCAGCCCCAUGGCGCUCACGUCUCCGGCCACCCAGGGAUUCAAGAGGACUGCCGACGGCUCACUGAAGGGUGACGAGACUGCCACGCCUGCUGAGGCCCCGCGAGCAUUUGCGCACGCGCACAAGAGGAACAAGAGCAUGGAUACACAUCGCAUCGGAGAGGUGUGUGAUCCUCUUUCCGCCCAGCUCAAGACGCGUCUGUCCUACGCCAUGGUCAAGGUCCAGAAUGGCUGGGAGAAGCAGUCGCUUGACGAGCUUGAGGAGGUGCACUCACAGCGUGGAUCACCAAACUCGGCUCCGGGGAAGAGUGAUCGUCUCGCGUUCGACUCGCCGUCGGCAUUCGAACGCCAGCGAAGACCGAGUGGUGUCUCUGAUGGCUCGGAUCACAUGCUCAUGUCGCCAGCAUCCGACCCAUCAGGUGCACAUGCGGCUAGCUCGUCGCUAUACUGGCGCCCUGGUACCAAGCACGCAUUGGAUGCAGCUGCAAACCUCAUGUCAGUCACAGGUGCUCCACAUGGCUUAGGUCUUGCUCCAGCUCCAGAGAUUCAACCUGGCAGGAGACGGAGAUCCAGUGCCUCACAUCCACCUCCUCCACUGAUAGGCAAUGGGCAAAGAAAGCACUUCAGCGACCUGGGCAGUAGUCAACGUGCGCCAGCGACACCCCGGGCUGGCAUUCUUCGCAUGCCGAGUCAACAGGCGGAGAGAGAUGCUGUCGAUACGCUCUUGUUCAUGGGCAGUCCAAACGCUUCGCAAAGGUAUCCGCACAACAGCCAGACUGCUCCGAGCCCAUUGCGAGCAGACGCCCCACAGAGGCGCGUCAUGUUCGAUGCAUAUCCUCCACAGGAAAGGCGCAUCGUCUACCAGCCGCAGAUGCCUCCGCCACAGCAACAUCAGUACGGACCGUACGCAGCACAUCCCGCCCGAUAA